AUGAAAAUCUGCAUAAAUACAUCAACAGAAACAUCACAAUCUCAACCGACAUUCGUAUUGCAAUUCAUCUUCGCUCCCCAUUUCCCCUCCCUCAACAAGCAUAGCUUCGUUUCUGCUCUACUCUCUUCUCAUGCAACAUUCACAUUUGAAAACAAAUGUAUUCAUAUGAAAAUGGAAGGGGAGAAAAAAAAGAUUGAACAAGAAGAAAAUAAAUGA